UAACUAGAAUGUCCAGCUGCGCCUCUCCUCCUGCCAAGUCCCUUCCCGAAUUCCCUCCAGUGGAUGGGAACGACAGGUUUCGCGCACCUGGAGGUCUCCUCCCAAACAAGCACGUGCCCAACGCUAAUGAGUAUUAUCCGUUGAGCGAGCCCGCUCCAGGGACAGCUUUACCAGUGGACGAGUAUCCGCAGAACAAGGACUUGCCAAUAUUGUUCCAACCGUUGACUAUCAGGGGUGUAACGUUUAAGAACCGACUCUGGGUGGCGCCCAUGUGUGUGUACAGCGCGGUGAAUGGUCUUAUGACUGAUUGGCACCUUGUCCACCUUGGAAGCUUUGCCAUCCAAGGCACUGGAAACGUGGGCGUCGAGGCCACCGCAGUGACCGCAGAAGGCCGCACCUGUCCAGAAGACCCAGGUAUUUGGUCGGAUGAACACAUUCCCCAACUCAAACGCGUCGUCGACUUUGUUCACGCUCAAGGAACGACUAUUGGGAUCCAGCUGGCCCACGCGGGUCGGAAAGCCAGCACUCGAGCACCUUGGGCUCAGGAGGAUAUACACAGAGAAGAUAGAAACCCUAAGAGUCAUGUCGCAACUUCCGAAGAGGGUGGAUGGCCUGAUCAGGUCUUUGCUCCUUCCACCAUUCAAUUCAUCCCAAUGUACCCCAAGCCCAAAGCUCUGACCCAGGAGCAGAUCGAGGAGAUUGUAGAAGCUUUUGGCGUGGCUGCUCGUCGCGCAAAGCAAGCUGGUUUUGACUAUGUUGAAAUCCACGCGGCUCACGGGUACCUCAUUCACGAGUUCUUUUCCCCCCUUGCCAAUGUCCGCACCGAUAAAUACGGCGGCUCUUUCGAAAACCGCGUUCGAAUUGGCCUCGAUAUCGCCAAGCGUGUCCGCGCCGAGGUCGGCGAGUCUUACCCCGUUUUCUACCGUAUCUCUGGGACGGAUUGGGCUGAGGGCCCUGAGAAGGAUGAAUCUUCCGGAGAAUGGAGGCAGUGGGGCGUCGAGCAGAGUUCCCAACUCACGCGCUUGUUGAAGGAUCAAGCUGGUGUGGACCUCGUGGACAUCAGUUCUGGUGGUUUGUGGAUAGGGCAGAAGAUCCCUAUUAAACCAAAUUAUCAGAUUCCGCUGUCAGAGUACAUCAAGAAGCAAAAUCCUGAUGUGCUGAUUGGUGGUGUUGGGUUGAUUACGAAUGGGAAGCAAGCCGAGGAGAUCUUGCAGAAGGGUCAGGCAGACGUCAUCCGAGCUGGUCGUGAAUAUUUGCGCAACCCGGCUCUCACAUUACAUUCCGCGAUGCAGCUUGGAGUCGUCGCUAAGCCUGCAAAUCAGUACGAGUACGCUUGGACCAGGAUGGUCCACCCAAACAUCAUCAUGGUGCAUUCGGAGGAAUCCCGACCUGAGUACCCCAUUGGCGGUGGCAUCCGCGCAGCAGAGAUUUCAAAGUUAGACACGGCACGCAAGCUUGAUCACCUAUCAGCAAUGCAAAUUACUCUUUAUGCUUACCGAUAGCAUACACUUGACUGCUUCGCCGUCGCAAACGCUAGAUACUCGCGUCUGAGACGAGCUGCACUUGUAGGGGUUUGACUGGCCGCAGCGGUUUUGGUCGGAACUGCAUGCGUCUAUAUCGGGACAUCGUAUUAUGGAGAAGCAAACGGUCCCGUAGAAUCUUUCAAUCGGCAUUUCCGACGAUGCUGGCUGCCACAUCGACAGGCCCCAAGAGCCGACAUUUGAGGGUUGCACCUGCCAAUGCAGUCGCUCCCGUCAUUCGAAGUUAUCGCUGCCUAUGUCAACGACUUUAAAUUCAGCUCCCACUGUCACUAUCGCUUUG